UCACGCGACGCCCACCCACGUGCGGUGACUUCAGUCGGCGGAGGGUGGAGGACGAGCAGCAGACCCAGGAACAUUCAAACGCAGCCCAUAAAACGCAAGGCUUAAAACAAUAGCCUCGACAGUGGAGGACACCUUUACGGUUUCACUUCUGAACCCCCUGUUGCCAAGCGAUGUCUUCGGUUCCGUCGGUCUGAGGUGUUUCAUUGUGUUCCUCUCAUCCCGGGCGUCAAGCUGUGAUAUUUCAGACCAUGUUUCUGGAGGAAAAUGAUGCGCUCAUUGGCGAUUUCUGGUGACCUUCGCCUCCGUUCAACGGAACAUUUCGCUCUGAGCCGCUGCCGGUGUCGGAUCGCCUCGACGUGUGUCGUCUGAUCGGUGACCGGGGCUCUCGUCAAACCCGCCAGAGUACAGGUGUCGAUAGCGUCUUUCGGCCUGCGAUCCGAAUUCUUUAAAUCCAUCAAGACCUUGGCAGAUGCCCCACGUCCUGACAACCCGGCGGCGUCACCAUGAUGGACUUUCCAUCCCUCACUCCGUACUUGCCGCUCAUGCGCUUUCUGGUGCCGCUGGCGAUCACCAAUGUGGCCAUCGACGUCGGCGAGCAGGCUCUGAACAGAGGCAUAGCCACUGUGAAGGAGGAUGCGGUGGAGAUGCUAGCUAGCUAUGGGCUAGCCUACUCCCUGAUGAAGUUCUUCACAGGGCCCAUGAGCGACUUCAAGAAUGUGGGCUUGGUGUUUGUCAACAGCCGCCGGGACCGCCGCAAGGCCGUACUCUGCAUGGUCGCCGCCGGGAUAAUAGCCUUCGUCCUACACAUUCUCAUCGCACAGACGGACCUGGGCUAUUACAUCAUCAACAAGCUGCACCACGUGGACGACUCGGUGGGCAACAAGACGCGCCGGGCCUUCCUCUACCUCGCUGCUUUCCCGCUACUCGACGCCAUGGCGUGGAUCCACGCGGGGAUCCUUCUGAAGCACAAGUACAGCGUCAUCGUUGGCUCCGCCUCCAUCUCUGAUGUCGUGGCCCAGAUUGUGUUCGUGGCCAUCCUGCUCCACAGUAACCUGAAGUGUGUGGAGCCCAUGCUCAUACCCAUCCUGUCCCUCUACAUGGGCGCCUUGGUCCGCUUCACCAUCGUGGGUCUGGGCUACUACUGCAACAUCCACGACAACAUCCCAGACUCCAGCGGCAUGGACGUCGGGGGCGACGCCACCAUCAAGAAGAUGUUGAGCUUCUGGUGGCCCCUGGCCCUCAUCCUGGCCACCCAGAGGAUCAGCAGACCUAUCGUCAACCUCUUCGUCUCCCGAGACCUGAAGGGAAGCGUUGCUGCCACCGAGGCGGUGGCGGUCCUGACUGCUACCUACCCCGUGGGUCACAUGCCCUACGGCUGGCUGACUGAGCUGAGGGCUGUUUACCCCGCCUUCGACAAGAACAACCCGAGCAACAAGUUGAGUGCUGGGAGUCUGGUCACAAAGACGCACAUCAAGAAGUUCACAUUAUGCUGUGUGGUGCUCUCUCUCACGCUGUGUUUUGUGGUGUUCUGGAGUCCUAACGUUUCCGAGAAGAUCCUGGUGAACGUGAUCGGGGUGAAGUACUCGUUUGCUGAGCUCUGCGUUGUCCCGCUCCGCAUCUUCUCCUUCUUCCCUGUGCCAGUGACGGUGAGGGCCCACCUCACCGGCUGGCUGAUGACCCUGAAGAAGACGUUUGUUUUGGCGCCAAGCUCCAUCCUGAGGAUCAUCGUCCUCAUCACCAGCCUGGUGGUGCUGCCCUACAUGGGCGUUCACGGGGCCACGCUUGGCGUUGGGUCCUUAUUGGCUGGUUUCAUAGGAGAGUCUACAAUGGUUGCCAUAGCAGCGUGCUACGUUUACAGACAACAGAGAAAGAGUGAGUUGUCCAAUGAGCUGGUGGUGGAGGAAGACUCCGCCCCCAUGAGCGAGGUCAGCCCGAGGAGCCAGAUGGAGGCCAUCGAGGAGCUGCAGGAGGAAGAUGAGCAGGAGUAGGGCCUGAACCUUGGGGUUCAGCGGGCCCCAUAGAGAGAGACCGUGGAAAGUUCCAGUACACAUUGGAAGAGCAUUCAGGACUGGUUUGGAUUGAAAAAUAAUCAACGAAAAAUAAUCCAGAUGAAAAACUGAACGGUGAACCUCCAUGUUUACGAAGCGCUUUUACAUUUUUUCUUCGAUUUUUAUUUAAGAGAGAAAAGGUAUUUUUCUGUGUUGAAUCCCCCCAUCCCUCAACUAUUCCGACGCACAUUGUACAGAAAGCCAUCCACCUCCAAGUGUUGACCCCUCACCCCAUGUCAACGACCUCAACGUCUUCUGGAUCUCGGUCACCUCCUACAUCGCCGUGGUUACCGGGAACCGGAUAAGGGAAAAAAUAAAUAAAAAAACAACGGACACAGGAGGACCUUGUCUCUGGUGUGCUUGUGGAGUUAUGAAAUAGAGGAACAUAUUUUACGUUUUUAUCAUUAUUUUCUCUGAAACUUGCCGAUAAGGCCUUGUUUGACUUCAUACGGUGGGCCUUGUUCGCUGGUGCAACUUGUGUUUGACAUAACGAUGUACAGAGUAUUGUUUUCUAUAGGUGAUGCUACGUGUAUAUUUAAGGGACGAGGGGGGCGGGAGGCCCUGCUCUCAGACGCUUGUUCUUCUAGAAGAUUCAGUUUGUCUGCCUUCCAAAGCGGCCCGCUGUUGUUCUGCACGCAUGGUUCUGUAAAUAAUGUACAGGCCUCCUUGUUUGGCUAAUAAACGGAUUUAAUAUUUA